AUGUCAGCACACGAAUACUCGUCCGUCCCUGGCGGGCAGGCAGCUGCUACAAGUCAAGAAGAAGCUGCUGCAGGGCCAUCCACAUCCACUCCAGGAGCGAAUGGCGGCGGAUCUGGAGACCUGGGUCUGGGCGGCAGUACGGAAGCGGCGGUGGAGGGUCAGUCGUACGAAAUUUCUUCCACACUCUCCAAUGCUUUCUCUUCCGCAUCCAUGUAUGCACCCUUGGAGGGCGGUCAGAGGGGCUCUGGCUCUGGUGCUAGUGCCUUUGGACUGCCUUCCCCUCAAAGGAUAGCCAUGAGCAGGCCACUGAGUUACGCCAGCUCUCACAUGCUCGGUGGAGGCUCAGACUACGACUCGACGUAUCGACUGAAUGACCAUGGAACAUCGGGCAGGGACAGUUCAUAUGGAGAUGCGUUGGCUAUGGGCGGAUAUGAAAAGGGCUCUUGGACUCCGGAUGCCGAGAAUGCCACUUCGGCGGCGUAUGCUGAUGCCGCAACAAAGAGACCUGGGCUUGAUCGAUAUGGCAGGGCAGGGACAGUGUCUCACAAGAAGAGAUGGCUGAUGCUUGCUGGGGUAGCUGCAGUGCUGGCUUUGCUCGUCGUUGCAAUCGUGGUGCCCAUCACGCAAAUCCUUCUGAAGGACGACAAGGGCUCUGGAAGCCAGUCUGAUGAGACGGGCUUUACUCAAACCGAUAGCUCAGGUCACGGAGCCGGGGGCAAAGUGCUCACUUCGGGCACGAACGGAUCAGUCAUUGACCUGGGAAAUGGGCAAAGCUUCACGUACAUCAAUAGUGAGUAUCGCUGCAACCCAUGUACGCACUGGUCUGCGCUCAUCCUUCUCCGGCUCGCCUGUGCAGAUUUUGGCGGCAGCUGGCGCUCCGGCAUCUUAGAUGACGGCGCACAAGCGCAAAGCUACACAAAGCCCCUCAAUCAGCAAUGGGAUUGGGCAGCAGAUCAACAGCUAGGUGUGAACCUCGGUGGUUGGUUGGUGAUCGAACCAUUCAUCGUGCCUGGCCUUUUUGAGCCAUAUGAGAAUACCUCCACGCCCGUGGUGGAUGAGUGGGGACUAGCUCAGCGAUGGCAGAGCGAAGGCAGGCUGGAGCAGAAUUACAGGCAGCACUAUGAUACCUUUGUCACUGAAAGGGAUUUUGCCGACAUUGCAGCGGCAGGACUGAACUGGUGAGUCUUCCGAGCACACUUGCGCACACGCCACCCACCCGCUGACACUUGGCCCACUCUCUGGCAUAGGGUGCGCUUGCCCAUCGGAUAUUGGGCGCUGGAUGUUGAGGACGACGAGCCUUUCUUGGCACACGUGUCAUGGGAGUACUUCCUCAAGGCGAUUCAGUGGGCCCGAAAGUACGGCUUGCGCAUCAAUCUUGAUCUGCACUCGGCGCCUGGACAACAGAAUGAGUACAAUCAUAGUGGUCGCUUAGGUCGGCCGAUGUUCUUGAACAGCCCGCAAGGAAUCGUCUAUGGUCAGCGAGGCCUGAAUGUGCUGCGCCAGAUGAUCCAAUUCAUCAGCCAGGACGAAGUGAAGAACGUCAUUCCAAUGCUCAGCGUGCUCAAUGAGCCUAACCUCAAUACUGGAAUAGGAAGGGAUGGACUCAAUUCUUGGCAUCAGGAAGUUUACUCCAUGAUGCGCAACAUCACUGGUACCGGCGCUGGACGUGGUCCCUUCAUGGUCAUUUCCGACGGGUUCCUCGGCAUUGGCCAAUCAGUCGGCUACAUGUCUGGAGCUGAUCGGAUUGGUAUCGAUGUGCACAAGUACAUCGCCUUCACCCCUCCCUUUAGCACCAACAGCGCGAGCGGCGCCCUGGCAGUCACUGCUUGCAAUGGAUACCGAGGAGACGUGGAGCAGGGUCUGACUCAGUUUGGUCUGACAGUGGUGGGCGAAUGGUCGCUGGCAUUGAAUGGUGAGUCUCUGAUACGGUCGAUCUUUGAGAGCGCCUAGACUUACGUAAACGUCCACUUCCUUCCUUCACAGACUGCGGUCUAUUCUUGAACGGUGUCACUGACGGGGUGCGCUACGACGGAAGCUACAAUGCUCGCGGACAGACGGCUACCAAACAGGGAGACUGCCCAUACUGGGAUGAUUGGGAAAACUUUUCCGCGGAGCAAAAGACGAGCUUGAAGCAGACUGCGCUUGCCCAAAUGGACGGCUACCACAACUUUUACUUUUGGACCUGGAAGAUUGGAAACAGUCUGAGGACUGGCAAGCCGGUGAAUCCAAAUUGGUCGUAUCAGCUGGGUUUGCAGAACGGCUGGAUGCCAACGGACCCCCGAAGAGAGGCCCAAAAUUACUGCCGGUCUUUGCAAUCGACUUUCCCCUCCAUUACCGGCACGGCAUUCACCAGCUGGUCUUCGACUUUCUCCAAUUGGAUGACUGGCGCCGCGAGCACUUUUAGUCCUCCUACUGCCUCGUACGCUUGGCCACCACAGAGCAUAGCAUCGAGCGGGACGACACCUGUACUAGCAGUGUCGACGCUAGCCCAACUUACCCCUACAGGCAGCAUUCAGACCCCGCCUACGCCGACGUUUUCGGCUACUUUCAAAGGAGAAGCAGUGCCCACCCUUGGCGCCAUUGCCAACCCUUCGUACAGCCCAGGUUUCUACGUACAAGCUUCUGGCGGGAACGCCCGCAGAAAUUUGCUCGGAGCAGAGCCUGUGAGACGAGCUGCUGCUGCACCUGUACCCACUCCAGCUCCUCUCUUGCCUCGCGCCUCCAGCGCGCGGUCUCAUCCGCGGGACGUGAAACCUUGAUCCGCAGCUGCAAUCGGCCCUCACGAUGUCACACUUUGUUUCUUUCAACCUCUUGGACAGUUCUAUCCCUCUCUUUCCAUUUCGCGAGCAUGGUAG